GAGAUUCGGGAGGAUCAUUCUGACAACCGCAUCAAUCCCUCCCUGCAUCUGAAUGCCCGCAUUCGCCGAAAUGUUAGUCUCACAAAGUCCCCCGGUGUACAACCACUCAAUGUCCACCGACUACAAACCGGUGGGCGGUGGGUCACCCGGUUCCGGUGGUGGUAGCGAAGGUGGUGGCUACUACUGCCGACCAGCCUCACUGCAACUGUCCCAAACACAGACCAACGGAGUACCUCCACCGUUCCAACGACAGAUUACACCGCCCUGCCUAAGUCCUACUGGGCCCGGUGGCAAGUUGCCAAUGUCACCACGUCGCUCCUGUCUAGUGGUAAGGCCAGAUCACAGUGCCACCACGCCGGAAGAGUCCGAACCACCGCACACGGCAAUGAAAAUGUUGACAGUGACAGAGGACGACACGACAAUCUCCACCGGACGCAACAAGAAGAAGGUCGUGUUUGCGGACGAUCACGGUAAACAGCUGACGCAGGUGCGCGUGAUGCGCGAACCCUCGUACAUGCCCCCGAUCUGGAGCUUACAGUUUUUGGCCCAUGUAACACAGGGCAUGAUCAGUCCGGUACCGCAGGAACAGUGGGUCGUCGAUUUCGUACAACCGGCCAGCGAUUAUGUGCGCUUCCGGCAGAAGCUGGACGAACGGAAUGUAUCGCUCGAGAAUGUGAUCAUUAAAGAGACGGAACAGCUGAUCGUCGGUACGGUGAAGGUGAAAAAUCUCUCCUACCACAAAGAGGUCAUCAUCCGCUCGUCCUGUGAUAGUUGGAAGACGCAUGAAGACACCUUCUGUACCUAUAGCGUGGUCGGCAAUGGGACCGCUUCAGCUUAUCUGAUAUUUGACACCUUCUCCUUCAAGCUAACUCUUCCUCCUAAGUCCAGACGGAUUGAGUUUUGUGCCGCCUUCAAGUGUGAUGGCGUCGAGUACUGGGACAACAAUGAUGGUCGUAAUUACUCGCUCACCAAUCGUAUCGCACCCAGAGAGAACUCCGGCGCGUUCCUAUCGUCCUCUUCCGCCAGUGCCUUCAAUAGCGCGAAUCCCGGCCGCAACGGGAUGUCGACUAUGACAUCGGAAAGCUUCUCCUCGCCUUACGUGGAUCCUGGUGCGGUGCUCGAUACCUGGAGCGACAUGAGCGUGGAAACGCAAUCGGGACCUUACUGCAGCACAUUUGACUGUUCGUUGAACACUUGCUCCAAUAAUCGUGUCCACACGGCGGCGACAGCGGCGGCACACCCACAAAUGAAGCCGAUCAGCUUGAACCUGUCGUAUCCGGACGGCCGGCCGGACGUGUCGGAGUGUCCGCAGGGAACGGCCGGCGAACGACGUGCCAGUACGGGCGAGUUUGCCGUGAAGCAAAGCUGCAACCAUCCUGCCAGUGCCAAACCACCGAUCGCUGCGCUGGGCCGCAGCGCCAGCAGUGGCAAACUGUUCUACAUACGCGAACGGCACGAGGGCGAAGAUCUGCUCGCCAAUUUGCUUCGUUUGCGUAAGCUGAUGAUGGGUGCGAUCGCGAACGAUGUCGUUACGAACUAAGGUGAUCGUGUGGGGGGUUUUGUGG